AUGGCCGCGGCUGGCACUCGGAAAAAGUUUGCAAACAGCAACCUCAACACCCUCCUCGGAGCGCCGAAAGAGGUUGCCAAGGCAAAUUACGGCCCUGCAGUACGGUCGGGGGGUGUUGUCAAGCCGGUUGCCAAGCCCAAAGGAUUGGUAUCUCUUGGGAAGGCACCAGCUGCUUCAUCAGGCAAUGCUCGCAAGGGUGCUGCGUGGAAUCAGCUGGAGGAGGAAGCCAAGAAGCGCGCCGAGGAGGAGAGUGCCAAGAAAAAGGACGAUACCAGACCAGACUGGGCCGUCAUUGACUUCAAAGACCUAGACAAGCCUCUGGCGAAGGAGGACGAAGAAGACGAGGAAAGAGUCGAGUUCGAUGAGCUCAGCGAUGUCAAGGAUGGGUGGUUCGAAGCUCCAGAGCCAGAUGAGGCUUCGGCAGGCCACACGCUCUUCAUCGGAGGGGACGAGGAUCAGGCCCCUGAAAGCGUGGCUCCGAGAGAAACGGGUGCCAGUUUGUGGGCUGACCAGAACGAGCUUGACGAGGAGGAAUCCGUGGCGGAUGAGCUUGGGGUGGUUGACCUGAUGGCGCCAGGAACUUCUGUGGGCUCCUGCGGGCCAGGAUUGGUGUCUCUCGACAGAGCAGCAGCCGCUUCGUCAGUCAACGGCACUGCUUGGACUCGACUCGAGGAGGAUGCAAAACGAGCCGAGGAGGAGAGUGCAAGGAGAAAAGUGGAUGCCAGACCAAGUUGGCCGGCCAUUGACUUCAAAGACCUAGACAAGCCUCUGGCGAAGGAGGACGAAGAAGACGAGGAAAGAGUCGAGUUCGAUGAGCUCAGCGAUGUCAAGGAUGGGUGGUUCGAAGCUCCAGAGCCAGAUGAGGCUUCGGCAGGCCACACGCUCUUCAUCGGAGGGGACGAGGAUCAGGCCCCUGAAAGCGUGGCUCCGAGAGAAACGGGUGCCAGUUUGUGGGCUGACCAGAACGAGCUUGACGAGGAGGAAUCCGUGGCGGAUGAGCUUGGGGUGCUCGACGUCAAUGUGCCCAGAACUGCCUUGGUGAUCAACAUCUCCUACGUCCUAAAGCGGCUUAAUGGUUGCUGUAGUUUGAACCAGUUGACGAAGGCCCUGAAGUCUUUCAAGGAGAAGACCGGCAUGUCCCUGGAGGUUUUCCUGCGGUCGAAUCCAAGAACCUUCAAGCUUGAGGGCCGAAUCGUCUACCUCGUCGACCGCGAUGGGGAAAAAUGGCAGCCCCCGAAGCAGGCGUUUCCAUCAUGUCCUUAA